AUGGAGGCGUCAACCGGACAUCUCGCCAAACGCAGCCAAUCUCCCAGCCGGUCGACGAGCAUCUGUAAUCCACCACAACACGCGGACAAGGAUUGCAGGGCGACGGUCACAGGACCAAAGGACCAUCGCGGGACAACGAUUCAGCCAUCUGGCGCGUGCCGGUAUCACGAGUGGUUCCCAUUUUUCGACUCCUUCAAUUCUGUAAUACACUCGAAUCCAUCGCUCAGCAACAUACAACGGUUACAAUACUUAAAGGCCUCAUUGGCUGACGACGCGUGCAAUGUAAUUAGCUCAUUGGAAAUUUCAGACCGAAACUACGACGUCGCAUGGAAUCUUUUGAAAGAUCGCUACGAUAAUAAACGCGUUAUCGUGCACACGCACAUCAAGGCCAUCAUGGAAUUGCCAUCCAUAAAUAAAGAAAAUGCAGCCGAGCUAAGACAGAUUGCGGACGGGGCAACCAGACACAUACAAGCUCUCCAAGCUCUCAAGCGCCCCACACAGCACUGGGACGAUCUGCUCGUACAUAUCCUGGCUUCUAAAUUAGACGCAAUCACGCUACGAGAAUGGCAAGCCUCAUUGGUUGGCACGGAUCCUCCUACAUUCAGGCAGUUCAGCGAUUUUAUUACACACCGUUGCCAAAUGCUUGAAGCUACGUGCAAUACAAUUAAUGCCACAAGGGCAAAUACUAGCAAGCGCACAGCGACCAAUACAAAACGCCAAACAGUCUGCGUUGCCACGGUCAAAUCCAAAUGUACCUUUUGCGAUGGUGAGCAUGCCAUCUACUACUGCAAGGAUUUCUUAGCGUUGCCAAUAGCAAAAAGGAUAUCAGAAACUCAAGGUCACAAGAUCUGCAGCAAUUGCCUAAGAUCCUCUUCACACGCAUCUAGCAAGUGCCCCUCUCAAGGUUGCAAAAUUUGCAAGGCCAAGCACAACAUGUUGCUGCACCAAUUUGAGAAUAAACCAGAAGAGCGUUCCAACAAUUCGGAUAGCCAUAAGGAACCCGUCGCCACAUCCCAUCAAGCCGUCUUGACAACACACGCACGCAGUUCCAGUGAUGCAAGGCAUGUAAUGCUAUCCACUGCCGUAGUGGAUGCCUUCAGUAAGGAUAGAUCUCCAGUAGCCUGUCGCGUAUUGCUGGACAGUGGGUCACAGGCCAACUUCAUUUCAAGGGAGUGCGUGAAGACUCUCAAACUACAACCGCAACCCUUAAAUGUAUCAAUCUCUGGCAUAAAUAAAGCAACGACGAAAUCUACGCACGCAGUCCAAGUGAAGUUGCAGUCACGCUUCAACUCAUACAACGUAACCAUCCAGUGCAUUGUUACAGACCAAAUUACCUGCAAACUGCCAACGCUCACUAUGAAACGAGACGUUUAUGAUCUUCCUCGAAAUCUAAAAUUAGCGGAUCCACAAUUUAACGUGUCGGCGGAGAUUGAUGUACUCCUAGGAGCCGAAGUAUUCUGGGACCUGCUAUGCGUGGGACAGAUUAAGCGAUCCACUGAACAUCCGACAUUACAAAAAACACACUUCGGUUGGAUAUUGGCAGGCUGUCUGAGUAGCGAUAAAAAACAAGCACAGGAAGUACAAUCCUUCCAUGCAACUAUCACCAACACUCAGCUGCACGAACAACUGUCUCGGUUUUGGCAAAUCGAAGACAUUCACCAUACCUCCGGAUACACGGCCGAAGAAACUCUUUCAGAAAGACACUUUCUGGACAAUGUAUCCCAAAAUUCAAAGGGCAGAUACAUCGUCAAGCUGCCAAUCAAGGAAUCAAAGGCCGUUAACCUAGGACAAUCAAAAGACAUCGCCUUAAAACGCCUGCUUCAUUCAGAAAGACGUCUUAGCCGGAAUCCAGGCCUAAAGAUGCAGUACGUCCGAUUUAUGAACGAAUACCUGACCUUAGGACACAUGAAGCGAGUAGACGUGUCACCGAGCGAAGAUUCAAUGUCCUAUUAUCUACCGCAUCACUGCGUGUUUAAGGGAUCAAGGCAGUCGUCAAAAAUCCGCGUUGUCUUCGACGCCUCGUGUAAAAGCAGCACUGGCGUAUCCUUGAACGACGUCCUCAGAGUAGGGCCCGUCGUACAACAGGAUCUGAUGUCCAUUGUUAUGCGCUUCCGUACGACCGCUUAUGUAAUGGUGGCGGACAUAAUAAAAAUGUAUCGCCAGGUACUGAUACAUCCAUCGCAGACAUGCUUGCAAAGGAUUUUAUGGCGCAGUGAUUCAUCUUCGGACAUUGGGACGUACGAGCUAGUCACGGUCACCUACGGUACGUCGUCUGCAUCGUUCCUUGCUACAAGAUGCUUGAAACAUUUGGCAGAAAAACACUCGGCGGACUAUCCAAUCGGUUCCAGGCACGUCCAACGUGAUUUUUACGUCGACGACCUACUCACCGGGGCCGACACGCUUCAGGACGCAAGGGCAGCUCGAGAUGAGAUCAUAUCGUUGUUAAAAUUGGGCUCGUUUGAACUCAGCAAGUGGGCCUCAAAUUGCCCACAACUACUGGACGCGAUCGACGAUCAAAACAACGGCCUGAUUUCUAUUCGUGAUGGCGCAGACUCUCACAUACUAGGAAUACAAUGGAAUCCAAUAACCGACACCUUUCAUUUCUCGUACGAAACUGAAAUGGAACACAACGCAGUAUCCAAGCGAUUCAUACUGUCGAAAGUCGCUAGGUUGUUCGACCCGUUGGGUCUUCUCGGACCGACCAUAGUUAUCGCCAAAUUGAUCUUACAAGAUUUGUGGAAAUCAGGCGUGCACUGGGACGAAUCCGUUCCACAAACCAUACACACCUGA